AUGGUUCAUCAACUCACUACAGACGAUGUCGGAAAUAUGUCCAAUAGCGAUUGGAAGUACCUGAGAAAAACUGAGACCUCUGAAAGUAAGAAGUCCAGAAGGGCUGCUUCUAGACGUACGGGCGAACAUUGGUACGGUCCAAAAACCCGUGAAAUUUGGGCAGCGUAUACCCAAAGUUGGAGAUCUGGCAAAUACGAUCCCAGACGAAUCUGGCAGACUCCUAGGGACGAUGGCCGAACAUUUGACAGAGAAGCUCCUUCGGUCGCCUACCCACCAACCAAUUGGUCUGGUCCUCCUGGGACUUGGCUCAAUUCCUCUGGUAUAAUCCAGGUAUUUCCAAACUACGAAUUUCUCUGGCUUGAGAAGUUCCAGCCAUCCAAUAGAUCGAGCAAUACCAAUAUCAACAGCCCCACAGCAUGA